CCCACGCGGACAACACGGUUUCGACACGAUAGAGGGAGAGAAAGGAGCGGAUCGGGAGAUAGAAAACCGCAGUUGAGCUGGGGGGGUGGUUCAAUGGUCGCAACCCCAGUUAUCACAGCGUAGUUAGGCUCGUUUUCCAUACUGAUUCGAAGUUAUUGACUGAUUUUUUCACCGGGUGAUCCAUGAAGAUUCCUUCGGUGCACCAUCGUGGAUUGCCGUAAUUACGCCUCCCAUCUGACGUAAUUUAAACAUCUGACGAUUGCGACAGGAUGACUGCGAGACAGUACAAAGGAGAAUUCGGUGGAGCAAUGAGAAGAUACUCGCUCGUUUCGCGAUUGUUCAAGAUGGCACCAAACUUGUUUGGUACAUCGGCCACGUUGUAUUUGGAGGCAUCUCAGCAAAAUAUUCAUCAAGAGAAAUCGACGACAGAGAAGACGAACAAUCAGGAAUUGCUGGUCGAAAAGUCAUCGAAUACCGAGUCGAGCUAUGAAUGGAAAAUCGUUUGGAGAAACGUGAUUGCAUUCACCUAUCUUCACAUUGGAGCUAUCUAUGGAUUAUACCUUGCCUUUACUUCAGCCAAAUACCAGACGACUAUAUGGCUUUUCAGCCUGAUAGCACUUGGAGGGAUGGGUGUCACAGCUGGUGCCCAUAGACUUUGGGCCCACAGAACGUACAAAGCGAAGUGGCCCAUGCGUUUCCUAUUGAUGAUCCUGCAGACAAUUGCCUUCCAAAAUCACAUUUACGAAUGGGUGAGAGAUCACAGAGUUCAUCACAAAUUCACGGACACCAACGCAGAUCCGCAUAACGCAAAACGAGGAUUCUUCUUCUCGCACGUAGGCUGGCUUCUAGUUCGAAAGCACCCGGAUGUGUUGAAGAAAGGUGCCACAGUUGACAUGAGCGAUCUCGAAAACGACCCCAUCGUCGUUUGGCAAAGAAGGCUGUAUCUUUUACUGGUGCCAACAUUAUGCUUCGUGCUUCCCGUGUGGGUGCCCUGUUAUCUCUGGAAAGAGACGUUAUUUAAUUCCUGGUACAGCACUCUAACUAGAUACACACUGAGCUUGAACGGAACAUGGCUGGUGAACUCUGCGGCUCAUAUCUGGGGCGCUAAACCUUAUGACAAGAAUAUUGGUCCGACCGAAAAUAAAAGCGUAGCCAUAGUGGCAUUCGGUGAGGGGUGGCACAAUUACCACCAUGUGUUCCCGUGGGACUAUAAAGCCGCCGAACUCGGCGACUAUAAGGUCAACAUCACUACCGCAUUUAUCGAUUUCUGUGCUCGGUUGGGUUUGGCGUAUGACAUGAAAACCGUCCCCGUGGAGGCGAUUAAAAGACGAGCGAUCAGAACUGGCGAUGGAACUAAGUACAAUGAACACGACGACUCUCAUCAUCAUAUGCAUGUGGACAUGAAAUGGGGCUGGGGUGACGCGGAUAUGAAGCCGGAGGAAAUCCAGGAGGUCGAAAUCAUUAAUAAGAGCAACUAAAUGAUCAUUUGUGCUAGAUAUCGCUAAUCAACACGCGAUCAACCGUUCACUACGUCAAUUAAUAUUCGUUAUAUGUUAUCAGUGGUCUAUGGUUAUCGUUCCUCUGUGAAGAGAUCGGCUGCUUAAUCGAAAUUGUUUCAUUUAAAAUAAGCUCCAGAAAUCCAGCAAACUGAAACGUAGGCAAACAAACAAUUCGACACAGACGACGCACAGCAAUAUAAUUUCCGUCAUAAUCAGCUUGCGCUCGUAGCACGAAACAUAUUAGGAAAAAAAAUAAAUUAACAAGAAAGGAAUUAAACUGUAGAUUUUUAUGCAUUUAUAUAAAACUUGAUUCUAACAGGUAGAACAAUUCUGUAUUGCGGUUCUAUCUCUAUUUAAAUCUAUUUAUAAAAAGAUAUAAAUUUGCAUAAAAAUCCGCUGUUUAAAUGAUACAAAUAAAAAGACAGACGAAAGGAAUGAAAACGAAAAAGGAUAAAAAAAUAAAUUUUACGAAUCUCUUGACAGCAGUCAACUGUUAGCUCACGGAAUCGGACUACAUUCGUGGCCUUUGUGUCGCGAUAGUCCGAAACGUCGCGAACCUUUUAUUUUUCGUACUUUCGAGCGUUUCUUAGAUACUUCGAUCCGGAGAAUCGGGCGUAUGGUAGUUGAACAAUUGAUCGGUUGAUCACAUCGAUUCUAUGUUAUACAAUGUUUGUUAUACAACACUGUGGAUCGUGGUGUUUUUCAAGCCGCAUAGAUUUAUCGUAACCAAAGUAACCAAGUAAACUGUAUAUCGAUUGAUCGACUAGUUCUUGGACCCACAGACGGAAAAGACACUUUACGCGUUGGAGAUCGAAUCUUGACGAUGGUUAAUCGCCUGGGAUCACGUAAGACUUCCUCUCUCGUUCCGUCAACGCAAACAAGUAGAAUGAAACGGUCGAAGACAGACGACAGUUACUCUUAGUCGCCUCUCCGAAUUUUACGCUUGUAAAUUGUUACUAUUGCAAACGAUACAUAGUCAUUCCUGCCACGAAUAGCGUAAACGUGUAAUAGGGAAACGCGGUUGAUCGGUAAAAAUUUCAUGCAAUGCUGCUCGAUCGAUUCAAUUUUGAUACACUGAUUAUUAUCGAAUCGAGACGAAACUAUCAAAUGUUACUACACUUAUUUUGUUGAAUAUUUAUCACAGAAACUAUAAUAGGCUUACAUAUCUAAACUUGGAAAUACAGUAUAUAGGGUCCACUUGUAUACGAGCAUUUUUAGCUACGAUAUUUUCUAAAGGACCAGCUAUACUUUUUUGUAAAGAUACAAACUUACGAAUACACGAAAGAUUAAUUAUUCUAUAAGGAUCACUUCCACUAAUAUUUUCAAAAAUAGAAUCACGCACAAUCUACGCACACCUGGCACAUAUUAUACGAUAUCGACGAUUUAUGAAAUUCAGCAACCAGGAAUAUUCUUCCAUUCGAAAUUUCCAAUCUCGUCAAGUAUUUUACUGUAUACUAUUAAUGUAAUGCCUUGAAUUUUGAAGAUUACGCGAAAGGGAGUAAUAAUCGCAGGAUCCCAGGCAUCGUGAGCGACGAUUCGACGAGAACGAUCGAUCGUAGACAGGAUGGAAGGACUCGGGCUCGAUGUUCGUUCGUUGGUCUUCCGUCAAAUGUUUCUUGAAGAAUUCGGGCCCGAGUUGCUCGCGAUCACUUCAUCAUAGGACAUAGCGUCAAUUAAAUGUACAAUUCGAUCGUGAGGCGAUCGACGGUCGUGGAAACGGUUCGAUUCACGAAUACGUGUCAUACAGUUCGACAAUCGUUCCUCAAUGACAGACGGAUGACAGCGAUCAAGUGCGAUAAUCCAAUAUCGACCACUUGUCUUAAGAAUCCUGUCUUGUCAGAGACUGUCCUGUCGCGCGAAUCCAUCCCGUAGAAUUUGUUAAAAAAUAUAUUACGCGCGAAUAAUUUGUUAAAAAUUAUUCGUAGAGUGGCCUGAAAAGGAAGUCGAAGAUUUCAGAGAUUCUUUGAGAGAAUCUUAAUCCGACAUGAUUUUUUUUUUUUAUAUAACCAAGCUUUAUUUGAUGGAAAUGCAGAUACCCUUUUUAUUUAGAAAAUUGAACAGUAGUUAAACGUAAAAUCGAUAAUAUAUAAAAUGUAUAUAAAAAUGUAAUUAAAUUCGCAAUUUAGUAAUAAGAAUUUUUGAAAUUUGAUUCACGAGGUUACUCGAAGAUCGGCCUGUAUACAACGAUACAGAUACAUUCUGCGUGAUUGCUAGGAGUUUCUAAAUUCUUCGAUUUCUUUUGCCAACCUUGCUAUCAAUCGUGUUUUCCUAUAGUUAAAAUAUGUUUUAAGCUGGAAGAAAAAUGUGAAAGAAUCGUUUUCGAUACGAAUGAUCAUCUCGUAGUAAAAUUUAAGAAAAGAUCCCUUUAUUCGAACGAAAGUGAGAUUGGGCCAUAAAAAUUCGUGAAAUCAGGACCGUAUCAGGAUUAGAUCUCCUUACGCUUGUUUCAGAUGGUCGAUUCGAUUUCGCAAAAUACGAUUCUAAAACUUCGAUCGUUGAAUCGAAGGAGAACGAACGCGGUCGUGGGUUUCUUCUCUGUUCAACGCCUGUUAUGUAUUUAUUGUCGAGAAUACGAAAAUCCGUUGCUGGUUAUAUAAUUUAUACCGUUCAGUUUGAUAGUGAUAAAAGAAAUAUGGGAAAGGGACGAGCAGGUGCGGCUGUAAAUUGUUUCUUCCAAAUCCUGUCUCGAUUACGAUUUUGAGCUUCUUUUAAUUUAUUGCGUUUGUUUGUAAAUAUGGAUUUCUACGACAACAGGACUUUACCUAUCUAGUAAUCACAGAAAUAGUGUCGGCAUCUCUAACGCGUUUAUUAUCUAAUCGUGAGUUUCGUAAGCGUUCCUGGACGUUCGUAAACGUUCUUCUGACAAAAGAGGCGUGAAAAGACUAAAAACAAUGGUGUAUAUAUUUAUUCGCGUAAAGAAGGAAAUAGGUUGGCCGUAGUUCGCAAAUAUUACGAAGUCCUGACAAAGACAGUGUACGUAAAUAAAUUGAUAAUUAUUUUUAACAUAUAAAACAUAUUUAUAUAUAGCUAUGUUAUACAGAGUGUUAUUUAUGCUCGAUUAUUUAAAUAUUAUUAAAAAAAAAAAUAAGCAUCGUAUUCGUUUCUCUCUUUAAUACCUAGUAUAUUGUAGUACAUAGAGGUUUAGGUUAGACAUUUUUUCGCCAAUAAUUUUUUUAGUAAAACAGAAUGAACAUAUAAGACUCUAAAUAAUUUCUUUAUAAUAAUAUACAGAAAAAUGUGUCGCGAUUAGAGUAGAGAAAAGAGCAGAUAUCGUAGUACUUGAAUUACAUAUAAUUCAUUUGACAGACAGUUUUCAAGAGAUAGUCAGAAGGAAGGAAACGCUGCAAGUUAGCUAAAGGAAAAGAACUGGAAGAUCUCACAGAAGAAUACUUAUGGGUCCAAGGCGCGGAGCGGCGAACAUUGUCCGACUCGUAAAGUCUAUAUUAAUGGAAGCAACGCAAAAGAAAAAAAGAAACUCGAAAAAAAAGAUAUGUUAAAAAAUAUGAAUAGAAUGUAGGGGAUAUAAACACGAGGUUAAUUACGAGCGAAAAGGAAACAGUACUGUUUCCGUUGCGUAUGUAAGCUUUACUGUGGACAAUAUUGACAAUUUUCAGUGUAUUUAUAAAUAAAUUAUUGUUAUCCGUAGAAA